AUGAAUUCUAAAUCCUUAAUAAAAAUUAAUCUGAAUUAUCAUCAUAUUUAGAAAGAAGUGUUACAAAAAUUCAUGAAUUUUGAUAAUACAAAGAAAAUUGGUUUUUUUUAAUUCUUAGUAAUUUAUCUUGGUUGUACAAAAGCUGAAUAAUUAAGCAUUAUUAUACUCUAAAGGAUCAUAAAAUGCAAGAAAUAUUUAAACAUGAGUAUUAAAUAUUUACUUUUCUUCAACAACAAAACCAAGAUGGAUUUAGCUAUAUAAUUGGAAAGGUUUUGACCAUGUGAAUAGUGUUAAAGAAAUGAUAAAAUAAUUAGAAUAAAGAGAGGCUGAUAUUUGUAGAAUUAAGACUUUGAAAUAGUAAUUAAUUAGACGUAUCGAUAUGGGUGAUGAUAAAUGGAAAAUAAUUAAUUUAUUUGAACAGCAAUUUUAUAUUAUGAAUAUCAUUUUCAGAAAUCAAAUUAUUUUUGUGAACUUUAUUUUCAUUAUUCUUAAUAUUGCUUUUCUAUAAAAGAAGUUGAAAAAUCUAUGGAAUUGGCAUUAAUAGCUUUAAAAUUAGUGGAUAUUGAUAAUAAUAGGAAUUGUAACAAAAGUAAAUAAUUAAGAUAAAUCUAAAGAAAGAAUUUCAAAAAUUUUAUAAUUAAUUAUUAAAAUCAACUCAAAUGAAUCUAGAUCUAUAUUAUUAUAAAAAUUACAUUCUAUUUUUACAUUAUUUUUGAGAAAUAAUUCGGCUGUAAAUUUAGAAUAAAUUGAGAAAAAAUUAUCUAAUUAUGCAGAAUAAGAAUAAGAUAAAUUUAAUUAUUAUUUAGUGCUAAAUAUUUAGAUCUAAUUUAGCAUUUGUUAAUAAAAAAGGAUAAUAAAUUAAUCAAAUCUAUCAAUCUUAGAUUCUUAUGUUUAGAUACUUAGGAUUUUGAUCCUUAGCUAUUUAAAUUAUUUUUAAAAUAUGUUUACAUUUAAAAAGAAUUGAUGAAAAGUGAUUCUGAACAAUAAUUAUAUCUUUCAGAUUUGGGUAAAUUCAAUUAAAAUUGUAUUAUUUACGAGGAUAGACUUGUAUUAAAAAAACAGGAAGUUUUACAUAUUUAAAAUAGUUAAUGGUAAUAUUUAUAAGGAGCUGAAUAAUUAAAUUAAGAAUAAUUAUUUAAAUAAAUGGCCAUCUAAUAGUAAAAGUAUUUCGAAUAUAAUUGUUAUGAAGAUAUAGAUAUUAUUCAGAUUUUAAAUAAUGUCAUAAAAUUAUAAAUGAUGCAUUAAUAUAAAUUUUAUUAUAUAUGUUAUUGA